GCUGCCCGUUGCUACGGGAGACUUCUAAACGGAGAAACGGCAGUCCGAGGACACUUCUGAGUGGUUUCGCUACUGAGUUAGCAGCUGUUUUUAUGUCACCAUGGCCGAGGAGGAAAUCCGCCCUAGAGGAAUCCUUAAGGACAACUGGGUGGAGGAGAACGCCGUGGCCGCUCUCAACAUCGACGACAAGAAUGAGAGCGUCCGGUUGAACGGACACGAGGAGCUCAUCACCAUAAACCGAGGGUGUAAAAUGGAGACUUUAUCUGUGUUCAGUACGUCUUACAUCCCUCUGAAGAGUCCAGGUCUGAGGGUCAAAGGCGUCAGGAAGGAGCUGCUGGAGAAACAUUUAUCCCGGAUGAUGCGGGAGAAGAUUCUGGACGAGUUGAAGCCGGUAGAACCGGAACURAAGCCRGACUACCGGACGACACAACGGUGUCAUUUCUGCGCCCCGGGAUUCUUCCCCAGCAGACCGGAGGCGUCGACGGAUCACAAUUACAGAAACGAGGACGCCAUCACGUUCUGGAGCGACAACGUCCAGAACAUCCAGCGUGUUUCGACCUUCAAGAACCCGAACGCUCCUUUCAAGAAGUCGUCUCAGUUCAGCACCAGGAUCCAGGACCGGCUGGAUGAGGAGGAGCUGCCUGAUGACUGAGCCCGUCCUGCAGUUCCUCACCUGUCCACCAGGCGCGCCGCCAGCCAAUAAAGCCCGUCUGGUUUCGGUUUAUUUUUCCUAA